AUGUCUGCAAAGCCAGCAGACGCCUCCCGGCCUCGCGCCGCUGACCCCAAGAAGGUCCACAUCGCCGAUACUGCCAUUACUAGCAGCAACUGGUACAAGCACGUUAACUGGCUGAACGUCUUCCUCAUUAUCGGCAUCCCUGUGUAUGGUUGUGUCCAGGCCUUCUGGGUGCCUCUGCAGGUCAAGACUGCCGUCUGGUCUGUCAUCUAUUACUUCUUCACUGGUCUCGGCAUUACCGCAGGAUAUCAUCGUCUGUGGGCUCACUGCUCUUACUCUGCUCGUCUUCCUCUCCGCAUCUGGCUCGCCGCUGUUGGUGGUGGUGCCGUCGAAGGUUCCAUCCGCUGGUGGGCGCGUGAUCACCGGGCUCACCACCGUUAUACCGAUACCGAUAAGGACCCCUACUCCGUCCGCAAGGGUCUGCUCUACUCGCACCUUGGAUGGAUGGUCAUGAAGCAGAACCCCAAGCGUAUCGGUCGUACCGAUAUUUCCGACCUGAACGAAGAUCCCGUUGUCGUUUGGCAGCACCGCAACUACCUCAAGGUUGUCUUCACCAUGGGCCUGUUCGUCCCCAUGCUCGUGGCCGGUCUUGGCUGGGGUGACUGGUGGGGUGGAUUUGUCUAUGCCGGUAUCCUUCGUAUCUUCUUCGUCCAGCAGGCUACCUUCUGUGUCAACUCCCUGGCCCACUGGCUCGGUGACCAGCCUUUCGACGACCGCAACUCUCCCCGUGACCACGUCAUCACUGCUCUGGUCACCCUUGGUGAGGGAUACCACAACUUCCACCACGAAUUCCCCUCCGAUUACCGCAACGCUAUUGAGUGGCACCAGUACGACCCCACCAAGUGGAGCAUUUGGAUCUGGAAGCAGCUCGGUCUGGCCUAUGAUCUGAAGCAGUUCCGUGCCAACGAAAUCGAGAAGGGUCGUGUCCAGCAGCUCCAGAAGAAGCUCGACCAGAAGCGUGCCAAGCUUGAUUGGGGUACUCCUCUUGACCAGCUGCCGGUUAUGGAGUGGGACGACUAUGUUGAGCAGGCCAAGAACGGUCGCGGUCUGAUUGCCAUUGCCGGUGUUGUUCAUGACGUGACCGACUUCAUCAAGGACCACCCCGGUGGCAAGGCUAUGAUCAACUCCGGAAUCGGCAAGGACGCCACUGCCAUGUUCAACGGCGGUAUCUAUUACCACUCCAACGGUGCCCACAACCUCCUGUCUACCAUGCGUGUGGGUGUGAUCCGUGGUGGGUGCGAAGUUGAGAUCUGGAAGCGGGCCCAGAAGGAAGGCACCGAGUAUGUUCGCGACGGCACUGGUCAGCGGAUCAUCCGUGCUGGUGAGCAGGUCACAAAGAUCCCCGAACCUAUCCCUACCGCCGAUGCUGCAUGA